ACGCCCCAGUCGCGUUUCGAACGCCGUCGCGAACGCACACGUUUAUAUAUAUAAUAUACAUACAUAUAUAUACAAAAUAUACACACACAUAUACCUACAAAAAAAACAUCGAAAAAAACUUCUUUGCAAAGUGUUAACUGAUUUCCGAAGAAAAGUUUCCUUGCGACGAGCAUGAAAAGACAGUUUGUUCUCUGUUGGUUUAGCACAGUGUGACUUAGUUCAAAUGACCAACAGAAACUUGACGUUAAGUGUUUCACUGUUUUAAAACAUGUUAGAGACUGCACUACAGACAAGAUCAAGUCGAAAUUUUGGAUUCGCGCAAGUGAAGAAGCGUAAACUGGACGAUAAUCCGCCGAGCAUGUCAACGAAAACGUACAUCGAGUUGAAGGACGACAAGCGACGAAAAAAGGUGGAGGAGUCGCAGCUGAUGCUGCCGCAGAAGAAGCGAGUACUUCCAGUUGGUACGCUGAGUAGUCCUUCGGCGAAGAAGAGCUUGAAGCUAGAUGAAAAUGUAGCAGAUGAGAAUCUGAUCAGGGAGACGGAAGCAGCGCUGAAGACGUUGUCCGGGAGUUGGCCUGGGAGCAGGGCUUAUAAUAAGCAGGAGGAGAAUCCGGCUUUCGAGAAUCUGUUUGACGAGAAGAAGGCGAGCGUUAAAUAUUCGCCGACUUCGUCGACGACCAGCAGCAACGAUAAUACCUGCUCUUUGAAGGAUAUUAUCACGUUGAGAGAUCCGCAGGUUGAAGACGAGAUGGGGUUGAAGAGGAUCAAGAUUAAGCAGGAGGGCGACGACGAUUCCGAUUGCGAUAGCAGCAAAUCGAAGCAGAGGAUUAAGGACCAGUACGAACCACCGGAUUUCAACGAGCUGGUGGACGAUUCCUCCAACGAGUUGGAAAUAGAUAUGUCGGAAUCGCUCAGAGAAGAUCAGGAUGAGAAGAAGAAGGAGGAGUACCAGCCGUUCCUGAGGCCAAGCGUGACGACGUCGUCGCCGUUUUCGAGCACUUCCGCGUUUCGACCACCGCAAAGUAAAUCUGGUGUGCUGGGACCUUAUCCGGCGGAAGCCACGUUUGUGGGUUAUCCUGGAACGCAGCAGCAGCAAGAGGAGAAGCCUAAGUUACAGCAGCUGAAACCAACUGAAGAUCCAGUUAUUACCACUUCGGCCGCAGCCCCUUCGAGCAUUAAAUCACCGGAGGGCACUGCGAAUAAACAGUACACGAUAUUGCAGCCAGCGGGGGUGGCUUCAAGGGCGGCCAGCGCUCUGCAGGAGGCGGCGAGGGACGCUCCGACGGUACCUGCGGUGCCCAGCGCCAAAGACCCGAUACCAACCACCAAAGUCCUACCAGGAACUCUAUCACCGAACAGCCUAAAUCGUGGCGAAGGGAGCAAAUGUCCGACUCCAGGUUGUAAUGGUCAGGGCCACGUGACCGGAUUAUAUUCGCAUCACCGAAGUCUGUCUGGAUGUCCGAGAAAGGAUAAAGUUACUCCAGAAAUGAUGUCCUGCCAGGAGGAUUACACCACCAGCUACGAUAGCAGCAAAGACGAUGUUAAACCGACUUACUUGAUAGGUUACGGUUCGGUUUCCAGCACAAAUCAAGACGCGGAAAGCAAAGAUUUCGAUUACUACAGCAAGAACCAUUUAAAGCCUGACGGUAAAGUUUCUAAGGGUGAGAGUUGCGGGGUAAGCAGUCGCGGCGAUCUUCUUGUACCGAAGACGGAGUCAAAUCGUUCUUCGCCGAACGUGAGAAAUUACGGGGAUUACAUUAACCAGGACUCGAAUUCCUCUUCGAUGUCCAGCGUGGAGACGAUGAGCUCCAGAGGUCAUCACCAUCUGCAGCAUCAUCCGAUUAUAGCGCAGCACGUCGGACAGCAGCCGGGAUACGUGGAGGACUCUCGCCACAGGUCGCCGUACCAAUCGGAAGAUAUGUAUCGAUCAGAGCAUUCGGUGCGCUCCUACACCGACAUGAGCGAUGCCAUUGGUAGCGGAAUAGCACGUCCUGUGGUUACCUACUCCAAUGAGCUGACCGGCCGGAGCUACGAUGUUAAUUCAUCCAGUCACAGGCCCUACGAUCCGGGCACUUCGACGGCCUUCGAAAGGUACGAUUCAGCAAAUCAAUGCAACCUACAGCAAUCCCUCAUAGCGCCAAGGGCAGCGCAGCAAGGGAUGUACGGAUACGGGAGCAUCGAAGAUCAACAGGAGCCCAGGUACCAACCGGACUCGCAGAUCGGAGGACCGAAUCCUGCUGCCGGUAUGAUGAAAACCGAAGCAGACGUCGAGAGUUCCGUGCCACUAUAUCCAAGGCCCAUGUACCAGUACGAUACAACCACGGGACAUGUACCUGUGGGCUUUUCGGCAAUAAACCUAUCGGUAAAAUGCGUAACAACAGCACAGGCACAGAUGAAGGGCGCCGGACCCCACACGUCCCCCGGGGGCUCCGUUAUUGAUCUAUCAACAUCCAGCAUCACCACCACAAGUCCACAGGUGGCGUACAGCUCCCCACAUUACGGUGGUCAGCGAGUCGGGGGCAGUCCGCAAGCCGCCGCGAGCCCUCACCUGUCUGCAAGCCCCCAGGUCCCCAGUCCGCAAGGCCAGACCCUGGACCUCAGCGUUAGCAGGCUUUCCCACAGCAGUGAUGCGAGUCCCCAGUACGGAGACGGGGGGGUACCUAUACCGGUACCACCUGCUUUCGUAGGCGUCCGCCGCGAAGAACAAACGGAACCCGUCGAUUUCUCAACCGCUAACGAACCCGUUAAUUUUAGCGGCGUCCGACCCGUGGCGACGUUCGCAGGACCCGUCCUCGCCCCAGGAUCAGGAUACAGCAGGGAGUCCACGCCGGACAGCGGAGCCUCGCAUUACAUGGACGCGUACCGGGACACCUCAGCUUACGGACCAAUGAGUCCUCAUCCUGGCUAUGGGAUGACAACCGUCAGCGCUGACUACCCAACAAAUCCGUACACUCCAUACACAACGGGAUACUCCUGCGCCGGAGGAUAUCCGAGCGCCGUCACCACCGGUUAUCCUGUUCCACCUGGAGGAUAUUCUCCUGGACCCUGCUACUCAAUGCCGCCCCCUCAGCAUUCCAUCGCACAGCACGACAAACCACCUAACAAGGACACAGGUUUGUCGGGAUGUCCACGUUCGGAUCGCUCCCAGAUCCAAGCGCAUUCGCAGGAGCUGAAAUGCCCGACACCUGGAUGCGAUGGUUCCGGCCACGUUACCGGAAACUACUCUUCGCACCGGAGUCUCUCCGGCUGCCCCAGAGCCAACAAACCGAAGAGCAAACCCAGGGAUGGCCAGGACUCCGAGCCACUUAGAUGCCCGAUUCCGGGCUGCGAUGGUUCGGGACACGCAACUGGCAAAUUUUUGUCACAUCGAAGCGCGUCCGGAUGUCCGAUUGCGAACAGGAACAAAAUGAGGGUGUUAGAAAGUGGCGGCAGCGUUGAGCAGCAUAAGGCGGCUGUGGCCGCCGCCACCGCCCUCAAGUUUGAGGGUGUCAACUGUCCGACACCCGGAUGUGACGGGACCGGACAUAUUAACGGAUCAUUCCUGACACACCGCUCGUUGAGCGGCUGUCCUAUCGCCGGACAGACAGUCAAAAAAGCCAAAUAUUCUGAAGAAAUUCCGUUCUACGCGAAGGGAUAUACAGGCAUGGACAGUUCCGGGGGUGCAACUACCACCGGUCCAGGCGGAGAAGACCUGAUGAGUCUGGAGGCGGAAAUAUCCGAGUUGCAACGCGAGAAUGCACGUGUGGAAUCGCAAAUGUUGCGCUUGAAAUCCGAUAUUAAUGCCAUGGAAAACCACCUUAACCAAGGAGAAAAAGAAAACCAAGUGAUCUCGCAACGAAACAACAAUCUGAACGAGUAUUAUGAGAGUCUGAGGAAUAACGUGAUCACGUUGCUCGAACACGUGAGGAUACCUGGGGGUGCGACUGGUGGAGGCGGCGUCGGUCCAGUCGGCGCCGUUCCCACCCCCGAGAAGAUCGGGCAGGAAAAUUUCGACUCUUACCUCACCAAAUUACAGACUCUCUGCACCCCAGAAACCUAUUGCAACGAGGAGAAUAGACCCCUAUACGAAACUGUUAAAUGUGCGCUGCAAGAUUUUACUGUUCUACCCACGCCCAUCUAAGCAUACAGAAAACUAAUAGGAGCAAGUGUCGAAGCCGAAUUAGGUUUAGGAAGAAAUAUUCCGUUUACCAAAAAAAACAAGAUGAGGAAACCUAAAUUCCAGAAACAUCCGUAUCCGGGUAACCAUGGUGUAUGUUUGGUUGCAUACAUCAUGACUACAUAAAACAUCUAUUCUAGGAUAACAGCGAUCCUUACAAUUUGAAUUAUAUAAAAAACAAAUAAUAUUUAAUUUUUUUCCUAUGUUUAUGUUUUAUUAGCAGGAAAACGAAUUGAAUGAUUAUGAUGUAUGCAAAGGCAACAAUUGUUUUGGAUCCGGAACACGCGAUAAACCAAAGAGGAAAUCCAAAAAAAAAAGAAAUAUAUAUUAAAAAACAAACAACUAGAUUUUUUAAUAUAAAAUUUGUACGUAAUAUUAAAUUGUGAUCAAAUGUAAAUAAAAUAGAAUUCCUUUCUAAGGUGGUAAAGGAAGGAAUUUGGGAUAAGAAAAGUAAGCAUUGUAUGAUGAUGAUGAUGAUUCAUUACGGAGGAAGAUGAUAAAUAAGUAAUUUGUAGAUAUGUUUAGGUGAAAAUGUGUAAAUUGUAUCUGUAUAUAGCUCAAUUUUAUUAAUAAUCAUUGUACAUUCUUAUACGAUCCGAUUCGGAAGCAAAAAAAAAAAGAGAACAAAGCAGAUUCGUUUGUAAGCAAGGAACAACCCUCCCAUCCCCCAUCCAUCCAAUUUGUAUAUCUUGUACAAAAUUAAGUUUAUUUUUUACUUAGCUCGUAUCCCUUCGUUGUACUAUUAAUCAUGUUUAUUUCGAUUGUGCUGGGACCGAGAAAAGAUUUAAGAAAACCAAGAUAUUCUUUAUUUCGCCUUACGUUUACCCUAUGAUUUCGUUAAUUUCUGAUUUAGACCUGUGAUUAUGUACACCUAGUACUUGUAUAGUCUGCUACUUAUAUUAAUAUCGAUACUAGUGUUGUUUAUGUAAAGAAGAAGAAGAAGAAAAUCUCAAAAUUUGUGCAAUUUAAAUGUAAAGGCGGAGUGUCUCUCUUUCUCUCACGAAGUGUUCAUAACUAAAAAAAUAAAUUUAAAAAAAAAGCAAAUCUUAAGGAAUUAAGCGAAAUCAGUGUUUUUUCGAAAUGAAGAUGAUCGGUUGCGUUUCAUUUGUUUUAUUU